CUUCCCGGUGGAAAAGCUUCCCUUUUGCGAGGCAGCUAGGCGUGCCGACGGUCCUAACUGUGCACCAGGAGCCUCCAACACCCUCGAUAGGGGCCCAGUUCCGCAGCCACCUAUCGAAACCUCCAGAGCGUUUUCCGUAGCACAGUGCUUGGGAGGUGGCACCACCGCGCGCCAGCCUGGCGCGGCCGAGGACGUCAGGCCUACGCUAGUGGCAAUUGGCUGAGGGCAUGUGGCGCGGAGGAGCGCUGGCGCGAGUAAUUGGACAUGCCUUUAGGGGGCGUGGUCUGGAGGCGGGGCUUCUUGCGAAGAGCGUUGAAAUACGGCGCAUCUCAGGGCUUUUUCAUAGGAUAUCUUGUUGGAAUCUCUGUGUUCUAGGUCAGCCCAGACAUUCUGUCACAAUGCCUGAAAUAAAUAUCAACCAUCUAGAUGAACAACAGGUUCAACUUCUGGCAGAGAUGUGUAUCCUUAUUGAUGAAAAUGACAAUAAAAUCGGGGCUGACACCAAGAAAAAUUGUCACCUGAAUGAAAACAUUGACAAAGGAUUAUUACAUCGAGCUUUUAGUGUCUUCUUAUUUAAUACUGAAAAUAAGCUCCUGUUACAGCAGAGAUCAGAUGCUAAAAUUACCUUUCCAGGUUGUUUCACGAAUAGUUGCUGUAGUCAUCCAUUAAGUAAUCCAGGAGAGCUUGAAGAAAACGAUGCCAUUGGUGUAAAACGAGCUGCACAGAGGCGCUUAAAAGCUGAAUUGGGAAUACCCUUAGAAGAGGUUGAUCCAAAUGAAAUGCAUUAUCUAACACGAAUUUACUACAAGGCUCAAUCUGAUGGUAUCUGGGGUGAACAUGAAAUUGAUUAUAUUUUGUUUCUGAGGAAGAAUGUAACCUUGAAUCCAGAUCCCAAUGAGAUUAAAAGCUAUUGUUAUGUAUCAAAGGAAGAACUUAAAGAGCUUAUGAAGAAAGCAGCCAGUGGUGAAAUUAAGUUAACUCCAUGGUUUAAAAUUAUUGUGGACACUUUUCUCUUUAAAUGGUGGGAUAACUUAAACCAUUUGAGUCAGUUUGUUGACCACGAAAAAAUACACAGAAUGUGAAUGUGUAAAUGAGUUGAAAAUUUUUCUACCUAGUAAGAAAUGUUUUGUUGUUUUCUUUUGAGCUUAUAUGAUACAUAGGUAUUUUACAACCAGAAUUUGUUUGAGAAAAAAGCCUAAUUAACUUAAAGUUUUGUAGUAUAUAUGCACUGAUAUUUAUAAAAGACAUUUCUGAGAGGUUAUUGCAAAAUUAUUCCAUAAAUAAAACUUAAUUAACCUGUCCAAAUACAUGACUGUGACAAGAUUGAAGAAGUAAGUAGGACUCUUCAUUUUUUACAUUUUGACAAACUUCUUCAGAUACUUUGCUAUUUGCCAAGUGUUCUUUAUACCAUUAAAUUUUAUCAUAGACCAGGAAAAAAAUGAGUGAAAGAGACUGCGUAGCUGCUCAUCACUAAUAGAUUAAAUGGUCAAGGCUGGGGAUGCGCUUAGUGGUACCAUGAUUGCCUUGCAGGCAUGAGUCCCUAGUCCUUAAAGUAAUUCUAGCAAUAACAGUUAACAGGUACAUCAGGUUCAAGGGGGAGUACAUGGUAUCUAAUCAUCCCUCAUACUUCAGGACCUGCUUCAUAACCAGAACUCUGGAUACUCAAGUCUUAUACAAGAUGAUAUUGUAUUUGACCUAUGUACAUCUUUCAUGGUUCACCUCACUCUGGAGUACUUGUAGCAUUGAACACAGUGUAAAUGCUAACGUAAAUGAUAGUUAUACUGUGCUUUGUGGUAAGUAAAAGUCUGCAUAUUCAGUACAGAUCAAAUAUUAAAGCAGUUGGUUUGAAUCCUUUGAUGCUUGACCCACAAAUUUUAAUGGCCAAUUCUAUAUGCUAAGUUUUGACAUUUUUGGUUGAUUUUGUGCUUUAACCAUUCUGAGAUUAUUUUACUAGUUUUAGUGCUGAUGGUAAGUGGUUAAAUCUUUUAAAUAUUUAUCAUUUAGCAAAAUCUGUUCAUAAUUAUAGUGGAAGAGAUGUUUGUCAUAAGGUAGGAGUGAGUUCUUUACAAGAGUUGAGAAAACUUUUAGCACUACCAGCCCUGGGCUUGGAUAAUCUUGAAGGGGUCUGACCCAGGCUGGAUGUUUAGCAGCAUCUCUGACCCCUGUACACUCAAUAUCACUUAGCACCCCUUUGCUAAGACAACAGCAACAAAAAAGUGGGGAGUCAGUUGGGUUUUGAGGCAGGGAUUCUCUGUAUAGCCUUGGCUCUUCUAGAACUCACUCUGUAGACUAGGCUAGCCCUGGAACUCAUGAUCCACCUGUCUCUGUCUCUCAAGUGCUAGGAUUAAAGGCAUGCACCACCAUACCCAGCAACAACCAAAAUUGUAAUGGAUGAUACUAAUAGGGGCAGAGACACCUCUAGUCAAGAACCACUCACUGUUGUAUAGUCAGGGCUUACUUUAGAGGUAGAAACACAAGGUAAUAGCAGUGAGGAAGUUUAUGAUGAAUAUGAUGAAUAGGCAUAUAUUAUAAUGAGAUUUUGGUGUUACAGAAUAGGCAUAUAUUGUGUCUUCAUUGAUGUACUUUUUAAAACUUGCACAGGUGUGUCAAAUUUAAGAUCUUAAGACAGCUUUAGACUUAAAUGCUGUCUAAUGAAUAAUUUUUUUACAAAAAAUUUAUAAAUUUUAAUUUCUUGAUAACUCAAAACAGUUGAUUUAUCUUUGAAGAUACAACUAUGUAGCAAGUGUUUGUUGAAAAUUAAAAAUAAAUUAUUUUAAUAUGG